AUGUCGUCUUACUUCUGCAUGAACUGGAUUCUUCUGAUCCUGUUUACAGGCCCCACAGUAUCGGGAUCGCUCGUGAAAGGAAAUGUUGGUCAGAAUGUCACUGUGCCCUGCUUUUACAGUGUUCAGACAACACAAGACAUCACAUCAAUGUGCUGGGGUCGUGACAGCUGCCCUGUUUCAAAAUGUUAUCGGACCAUUAUCUGGACAAAUGGAUGGAAGGUGACAGAGCGGUACGACAGGAGGUACACGCUGGCAGGGAACCUGCUGAUGGGAGAUGUGUCCCUCACGAUCAUGAACGCCGAGGAAGCAGACAGUGGGAUAUACUGCUGCCGCGUGGAGAUCUCAGGGUGGUUCAAUGAUCAGACAAGUAAUCACAAGGUUGUGAUAGAGAAAGCUAGGACCUCUACUGCAAGUCCUCACACUUACACCUCUGAACAGACCUCAGCUCCUGGAAGCAGCAGCGAGUCCUCCUUCACCAUCACAAGAACGUGGCCAUCAGUUUCUUCUUCAGAAGCUCCUCAGACUGCCUCUGGACCCUGCUCAAACACCUCCGAUUGCUUGGAUGUAACCUCAAACCUGCAGAACAUGUCUGUAUCGCUUCCCAAUCAGCAGUAUUCAGAAAAUGGGAUAUACAUUGGGAUUGGUUUAUGUGCAGCACUUCUAGUCAUCCUUAUUUUGGCUCUGUUCCUCACUAGACAAUAUUUAUCCAAUACAAAGAAGAUGGGUGACUUUGCGCACUUCGUUGCAUUUUGGAGGCCAGAAGGUGCAGGGAGCCAUAGCGCACUGGAAAAUGAGAACCAUGCAGAGGAAAACAUUUAUAUAUCUCCAUCAGCUAAAAUGUCCCAUUUUGGACUGUUUCACUGGAUUAUGAUACAGAUCUUUAUAGCCCACACUGCAUCUGAAGCUGUUGUUAGAGGAGUAAUAGGGCAACCUGUUCGGUUGCCUUGUUUCUACCAGGUGAUGCGACAUAAGGACAUCUCCGAUAUGUGCUGGGGCAGAGGCCCAUGCCCAAACUCAAAGUGCAAUAACAAAAUUUUGCACACCACUGGGAAUAGGGUGACGUUCAGAAAAUCUCAGAGGUACGAUCUCCGGGGCUAUAUUUCCUACGGAGAUGUGUCCCUCACGAUCGGGAAAGUGAAGGCAGAAGAUGCAGGUACAUACUGCUGCCGUGUAGAGAUCCCGGGCUGGUUCAACGACAUCAAACAGAACAUGCGACUGGAGGUGGUCAGAGCCCCUCCAGUAAUGACAACCACAACAAGAAAGGCUCCUGUUUCCCCAAAACGUUUUAGAAAAACAACUUUCACUCCCCAAACAACCUCUGGUCAUCAAGCAACAGCAGAGACUGCUUCUCCAGCAGUAAUGAUGCUGGAGACCAUUGCUCCCCCAGUGUUUCCUGUGACAACAAAUGACGUUUUUCCAGAAACUAUGUUGACAACCAGUGCUCUCCUAGAUUUUUCCACUGAUUUCCAAGCAUCUGACAUGAGGACUGAAGAUGACGACGUGUUCUGCACAACAGAGUCUUUCCCUCUUCCUGGAGAUACAGAGGUGACUACUGAAUUCCCAAGUACACUUCCAACUGCAGAGGGAACUAAAAGUGCUCACACUUCUCUCACGAUUGAAGACGUGCCAACUGCAGGGAUUUCAACAAGUUCAGAUGACAAGGCUGAGAAACAUGAUGAUGAUGGAGAUAAGUUUCCCAGCUAUGCCAUUCUCAUUGCCUGUCUCAUAGCGGCGUCCAUUCUUUUCACACUGAUGCUUUUGUUGUUUUGGAAACGUAAACACACAAAGAAGUUUAUAAUAAAAAGCCUUAGACCAGCAGAAGACCUUGAAAAAGUGUUCAGUGGCACUGAAGGAGAAAACAGCAUUUUUUCCCUGUGA